AUCACGUGUGCGUGGUAUUCAGGAAGUAGCGCAGACUGGCAGUCAUUUCAGGUCUGGUGGGGCAGUAUUAUAUUUUGUUUCCCACAAAGUAGGUUCUACCCGCCGAAGACAAUGACACAAACGCAGUAAGUUCGAUUUUGGAGAUUGUGUUCUGCUUUAGUAUCGGAAAAGCCGUGCUAGUUUGACAGAAAUGGGUCCUGGUUAGAUGUAGAACAUUCUAGAAACACCGUAGACUGCGGGGGUUUGGGUCCGGGCAGAAACAGCGCAGCAGCCCGAGGCCGUGAAGAAGCUUAGCAGCAGCCGGAGAGUGCGCCAAGGAGUCGCCCGCUAUUGUGAGUUCAGGCGGAACUACAACCACGUUAAAGGUUCCCACACCGCGAUCAGCACCCUGAUUCUGUUCUGGGAGAGUUCAGACCAGUAUCGUCGCCAAGAUAGCCGGGCCAGGCAGGAAGAGGCACACCUCAGAUUCCGAGCCCAGCAGCGGUAGUGAUUCUGGCGACGGGCGGCCGGUUAGCGCCAAGUGCCUGAAGAUGGCCAGCAGCGGCGGGGACCGAGUAGCUGGUAGCGAGACGGCGGGGCGUCGUAGUGGGGCUCAGCAACGAGGAGGCGCUAGGGAAAACGGCUCAGAACAGACCAGCAGCACCAGUAAGAAGAAACAGAAGGACAAGGCCAACCAGGAGAGCAGAGAGGCCAAGAGGGCAGCAGCAGCCAAUGCAGCACUGGAUGGUGUUCUGGCAGAGGUCAAGAAAGAUGUGUUUGUGGACUGGAAGCAGAACGUGAAUGAAGUGACGGUCAGACUGCGCUGUGGAGACGGAGUGCAGAGGAUAGAGGACAUCAACACCACUUUCACCGACACACAGUGCAACGUGUCUUUCCCAGAUGGGCGGCAGUGGAGCUGUCAGUUGCAGGAGGAAAUCGAGGCCUCAUGCAGUAAAGCACAGUACAAGGAGAAAGGUGGAUUUUUGCAUCUCAUUUUGCACAAGAAGAUUCCGUUUCACAUUUGGCCGUCUCUCAAGUCAAAUAAGAAGGAAAAGGACGUGGCCCGACCAGAGUCCAGAAAUGAAACCAAACCUUCCACCUUGAAGUCGUCAGAGAAAGCCAGGUUAGCUUUAGAGCAGCUGCAGCCUCGGCCUCCCUCGUCACCCGCACACAACGAGCAGAGCCGCAGCGCUGGCAGACCCGAGCGCGUUUUCAAGCGCUGCUUCAAAAACAAAGCGGGCGACAAGGUGGCCGCGGACUCGGUCCAGGUGAAAAAGGGCUCCGACGACCGCUCGGGCGCCAGCAUCGUGCCAAGGGCAGCCGCAAAAGGCGAGCAGCCAUCUCAGGAACACACUUUGCGGCUGCCCAACAUGAGCAAAGAUGCAGAAGGGGAGCCCACCUCUGUCAAAUCUACUGCAGCUGAUGGUAAAAUUCCUCAUCCCAGCUCACACAGACAUGAAGACAACAGAGAAGAGAAGGAGGGAGGCAGCCAGGAAUCUGGAGCCCCAGGGGCGGCUGCUGGAAUCAGAGCUCAGGUGGUGAAGACAGACGAGUCAUCAGACGUGUCUGAAACAACAAUACCUGGGACUGACGGCCAGCUAACGGCUCCUGAAAUCAUCGAUCGUUUCCAGAACCCAGCCAAAUCCAACAAGAACACGGAUUCUACUCCACAGAUGCCGAGAGACGGAACUGACCUUGAGCUGCAGGGAAAACCCACCAAGCGCGAAUCCCAGCAGGACGCAUUCAUAUCCCAGCAGCCUGGGAUAACAGAGACACUACCAGAACCGGCUGCCGGCGCAGCUCACAGGCAGAGUCAAUCAGCAGGUCUAACGCCGAAGUCAAGCACUUCUGACGGAGAGGAGAAACGGGACCAGUCAAAGGAAGAGCCCACUCUGGAGAUGAUGCAACAGGAAGCCCCCGAGCCGAUGGUCAACCUACCGUUGGUGAAAAAUGACUCGUACGAGAAGGGCACAGACCUGAUGGUGGUCAACGUUUACAUGAAGGGAAUCUGCAGGGAAACAGCUAGGGUCAUCUUCAGAGAGCAGGACUUCACUCUCAUCUUCCAGACAAGCGACGUGAACUUUCUUCGGCUUCAUACAGGCUGUGGGCCAAACACGGUGUUCAAGUGGCAAGUUAAACUCAGGAACCUGAUCCAGCCGGAGCAGUGCAGCUACUCCUUCACCCCGUCCCGCCUGGACAUCACCCUGAAGAAGAGACACAGCCAGCGCUGGGGCGGCCUGGAGGCCCCGGCCUCACAAGGUGCAGUGGGUGGUGCUAAGGUUGCUGUGCCCUCCAGCCCUGCCUGCAUGGAGAAGAGCCAGCCAGGCAGCAGUCAGCACAGCCUCCCAGCCAAGGAGGAACCCCCGAGGGUCGGAGAGGAGCCCACCAAGGCGUCUCCCAGAGGAGUGGAGGAAACGGGUCUGGAUACCGUAGCUCCCCGCUCAGUCUCUGAGCAUGUUAACAUCACCAAGGCGGAGCCCACGGUAACCACGCCUCAGCCCAAGCCUACUUGCAUGGUGCAGCCCAUGACGCAUGCACCACCUGCUACUAACGAGUGCCACGAGGAAGAGGAGGAGAAGAAGGUGUGCCUGCCUGGAUUCACAGGACUGGUUAACCUGGGCAACACCUGCUUCAUGAACAGCGUCAUCCAAUCCCUGUCCAACACCAGAGAACUGAGGGAUUACUUCCAUGACCGAGCAUUUGAAUCCGAGAUCAACUGCAGUAAUCCACUGGGAACCGGAGGCAGGCUGGCCAUCGGCUUUGCCGUUCUGCUCAGGGCUCUGUGGAAAGGGACUCAUCAUGCCUUCCAACCAUCAAAAUUAAAGGCGAUCGUGGCCAGUAAGGCCAGCCAGUUCACAGGUUAUGCUCAGCACGAUGCGCAGGAGUUCAUGGCGUUCCUCCUGGACGGACUCCACGAGGAUCUGAACCGGAUCCAGAACAAACCCUACACCGAGACGGUCGACUCUGACGGACGGCUUGAUGAGGUGGUGGCAGAGGAGGCAUGGCAGCGGCACAAGAUGAGAAACGACUCGUUUAUCGUGGAUCUGUUCCAAGGCCAGUUUAAAUCCAAGCUAGUGUGCCCCACAUGCUCCAAGGUCUCCAUCACCUUUGACCCCUUCCUGUACCUCCCAGUCCCUUUGCCACAAAAACAAAAAGUGCUCUCCGUUUUCUACUUUGCUAAAGAACCUCAUAAAAAACCAAUCAAGUUUCUGGUUAGCGUGAGCAAGGAGAACUCCAGCACUGCUGAGGUUCUGGAAUCCAUCUCCAGGAGUGUGAGAGUCAAAUCUGAGAACCUCAGAUUGGCGGAGGUGGCGAAAAAUCGCUUCCAGCGAAUCUUCCUGCCGUCCCAUUCUCUGGACACCGUGUCACCGUCUGAUAUGUUGUUCUGCUUCGAGGUGCUUUCCAAAGAUCUGGCCAAAGAACGAGUGGUGCUGCUCAGAGUGCAGCAGAAACUCCAGGUGCCCAGCAUCCCCAUCUCAAAGUGCGCUGCCUGCCUGAAACCUCCGGUGUCCGAGGAAGACAAACUGAAGCGGUGCACCCGCUGCUACCGAGUGGGCUACUGCAAUCAACAUUGUCAGAGAACUCACUGGCCCAGUCACAAGAGUCUAUGUCGCCCCAACUCUGAGAACGUAGGCCUGCCCUUCCUCGUUAGCGUCCCAGAGUCCCGCCUGUCCUACGCCCGCCUCGCCCAGCUGCUGGAGGGUUACUCCAGGUUUUCUGUGAACGUAUUCCAACCCCCAUUCCAGUCAGGCAGAACGUCUCCUGAAACACCCCAGUCCCGGUUAGACGUACCGCCAAUGGCGCUCGGCUCUCCUGAUGGUGCUGGAGCCGGAGACGAGGCCAAGGGGGCAGGCGGUGAUGUACAGGUUGGUGAUGCUGACUUGGAGAGCCCCUCUCUGCCACCUGAGCUCCAGGGGGAAUGCAGCCAGGCGUCGGCAAUCCAUUCCGAGGCGUCGGGUUCCUUCUCCCUCUCCAGCACCCGGACUAAAGACUCUGGGUUUUCUGAGUCCGUUUCCUCCACUUCCUGCUGCUCUCUGGAUCCUCAGGCUGAGAAAGAGACAACAUGUGAGAAAGCGGUGCGGCCAGAAGCUGCAGUAACAGGGUACCAGCAGCCAAGCGAGGCAGCGUCGGGUCAUGCCAGUCAGUUCUACAUCGGUCUGCUGGACUCGAACAACAAGGAGCAAAGGCUGGAUGAGAAAGAGGAUGCUCUCGCAGACGUGGUAGAUGAUGCGACCUUGGAGCUGGUGUGGAAGAACAACGAGCGUCUGAAGGAGUAUGUGCUGGUCAGCUCUAAGGAGCUGGAGUAUGAGGACGACCCCAGCUCCAUGAGCGAGACGGCCAGAGCGGGACAUUUCACCCUGGAGCAGUGCCUCAAUCUCUUCACCAAGCCUGAGGUGUUGGCACCUGAAGAGGCCUGGGCACAGAACGUCUUGAGUAUUUGUCUUCUAUGUGUGGCUACAGGGUGGCGGCUGUUCGACGACAGCACCGUGACAAUGGUGGAGGAGAGCCAGGUGGUGACGCGUUACGCCUACGUCCUGUUCUACCGCCGCAGGAACUCCCCUGUGGAGAGGCCACCACGCUUCCUCUCACCCGGAGCCGAGUCAGCUACAGCCACAGGAGCCUCUGCCAGCCAGGCCUCUCUAAUAUGGCGGGAACUUGAGGAGGAAGACGAGGGGCCCGACGAAGGGCCUCGCGGACUGUUCCGCUCCCCACUCCGAAGCCGACAAGUAGAGAGGAACAGAGGCGAGGAAGAGGCAGGCGCACGCCGCCGCCGCAGGCACAAGAUGUCAGACUAUCCCGAUGAAGACUGCGUGCGAUAUCUAGUGGUGGCCACGCUCACUGCAGUCAUCGCUCUCUUUGUUAACUUAGUUUAUCCCUUUCUAUACAAAAUCAGAUGAACCUUUUAAUAAUAAUGCUUUCAAAUACGACAAAUACCUUUCUAAUAACAGGUAUUUGAAACAAAGAUUGCACUACAUGCUUUCUGAAAGGAUUCUAUGGGACUAUGGUAGAUGUUUCAAUAAUAAACGAGAAGUAGUCUUAUAGUCGAGGCUAAGGUAGAUGUGUAGCUUUAAAACUGCUGUAUGUAACUUUUGUUUAAAAAAAAAAACUAACAAAAAACAAAUUAACAAAAAAACUGUCACCAUGUCCUGACAGUCAGAAAGCUUAUGAAAAGAUCGCUAUCCUCUGCCUCCUCCCUGAGCCACUGUUGCCAUCUGAAGAAACAACCAACCAAUCAGAGCCAGAAGGAAAGUCUUAGCGAUGUCAGUCAGCCUCAUGUAUUCACUGCUCAAUGUGCUAAUGGCUGAUAAGCAACUUACUAUUACAUGAAAAUCCUUUAUCCACUGUCAUUGCUAACUAGCCUUAGCAUUCAUUACAGGCUAUGCUAGCUGCAGCGUAGCAGAGAGCGGGGUAAGAGGUCUAUCCAUGAAUAUGAUUGGCACUGCUAAGGCCCGCUUGGAGAAGACAGAGGAGCUUUUUUUGGUUUAUCUGUCUCAUGCCGUACUGUCAAGGCACAGUGACAGUUUCCAAAAAUAAAUUAUAUAAAGUUACAUUCUGAAGGUUUAAUAAGCCCACUCUUUACUAAGUGAUCUGAGGUCAGUAAUUAUUACCUGGAGCAGACUUGAUGAGCUAAAAGCUGUGGAACUUUCUAGUUGAUGCUUCCUGAUUGGGAACCGGUAGUUUGUCUGCAAGGCUGUUUGUGGGUCAGUGACAUUAGGAGGGCUAAUUAGACUGAAGUAAGGAAGCUAGCCUGAAGCUAGCUGCUGCUGAAGGAAACCUUCAUUUCUCUGCACAAGGCUCCUGCAGUGAAGCUGCAACCUGAAGGCUCUUUCCUCCUGGUUCUUGUCUGGUUUAUUCAGUGGAUUUAGUUUAAAAUGUCCUUUUCUGUCCCUUUCAUGUCGUAUUCUACACGUCCUGUAUGUUUUCUGCACUGUAAUCUGGUUUUUUUUUUUUUAAAUGUACUUUAGGUAUGGGCUGGGCUGGUAUUCAAAAUGCCACAGCAUAAAUAUUUCAACUCAAACUGUUUAAGUUCCUUCUUAAAUACAGUUAGAUGAUCUGAAGAUGAACCUCUGACUGAAACUACUGUAGUGAGCAGAGGAUGCUCAUAAUUUAUCCGCCAUGUUUCUCCAUUUUCUGAAUAGAAGAUGGGGCUUCUUUAGCUGAACUUGGCUUUUUAAAAUUUUGUGUUCAGCAACGUGUGGGGGAGGAGCAGUGCUGUUACCUUGAUUCCAGAAACCAUCCCAUGCCUAAUAACAGUUAA